UGUCGUCCGGGGAGGGAGACCUCGUGGACGAGCCGUCGCCCUCGCGGAGCUCCCCGGUGCCCGACUACGAGUCGCUGGCGUGGCUGCUGCGCAGCCGGGCGGCCAGGCUGAAGCACGAGAUGUGUGAGAAAUUUACUGUGUGUGAAAACAGCAUGGAAAUGCUUGUCCAAAGCCAUCUGAAACUCCCCAAGAUCCUGGAUGAAGACAGCUGCUUACAGUCUGGAUUCAACAAGGAGAAAUGCUUGACAAAGAUCUCCAGUGGCCUUUUUGCAUUUCAACCAUAUCUGGAAUAUAUACAUGUACAAGAAACAUUUAUUAGUGAAAAGCAAAAAAUUGAAACCAUAUGGUAUGGCACAAAGCACCUGGCAAACACUGUGAGGCAGAUGAUGGAAAAUCCUGAUGCGGUGCCCAUACCAGACCAAACUAGUCAGAAAACGCUUCUUGAAAAACUAAAGGCAAAUAAGAACUGGAGAGAGAAAAUUGCCACUCAUUUCAUCCUCAGAGAUUUUACUUCAUUUAUGGAGAAAACAGUGAGGGCUCUUCGAUACAUAAGAAAAACCAGGAGUUCAAGUGCUUGAAUGUUUUAAUUCAGGCACCUUCCUUUUCACAAAAUCUGUCAUGUGGCAGAUGACAGUGUUGUUCUAUUUUAAGAACCAAAACUCUAAUAAUAAGGGUUUCCAUUUAUAAAUUGUAAA